CGCCCGUGCCCCGCUCCCGGUAAGCUCCCGCUGCGCCCCGCGGCUGAGCAGAACCCUGAUUAAUUCUCGCUUUUUCCAUCCCCCGCGGCUGCUGCUGCCGUAAAAAGGCACCUGGGGGGUGCUGGUUGUACUCAUCAGGCAGCACGGUGUUGCGUAGGGACACGUUUUUACAUUUCUGUGCCAUUUGGAUCAGAGGAUGUGGCAAAGUAUGUUCUACAGAGCUGUGAGAUUAUUCACCAUUUGAAUAUUCAGAGGAGAAUUUGAUGUUUAGAGAUCUCCCUCAAAAAUGUACGGAGCAUCUUGUUGGAACACAGCAGGAUGAAAAAUGCUGGCACUUCCUCAAGCCUGUGCAUGUCCUUGGCUUCCCAGGCCAGCUCCAGUGCUGCUCUGUGUUCUUUAAAUGGAAAAGUAAUUCAGUAACUUCUGAAAUCAAUGUUGGUUUUGUGAACUGUCAGAGACAAGUUCACGUUUUGUGUUUUCAGAGGAAGGAGUUUCAUUUUUAAGGAGUUUGGAGACCCAUUUUACACAGCUACCUCAAGUUCACGUUUUGUGUUUUCAGAGGAAGGAAGAAGAAUGUCCCAGAAAGAGCUGAAAGAAGCUUUUAUCAGCAACCUGAAUGGAACGAGUUUGCUGGAAAUUUCUGCAGGCUUGUCCCUGCCUCCACUGUGCCUGCUCUGCAGAGGGCUCCUCCUGAUCCUCUACUACCUGCACCAUGGAAAACCUGUAAGCUCAAGGAAGUGCAGUCUGCUGCUAGACUUCUUGGUGCUGGUGUCUCCUCUCCUGUUCUCCUGCACUGUCUUGUCUCCUGUCAUCUUUUUCAUACCACUUAUCCUCGCUGCCUUCUGUGCCGGAAUAUUUUCCAAAAUAUACAGCCAGAGAAAACGGGAGGCCAGAGUACCCUUUGGGCAAAUUGUAAAAGAAUUCCAGAAGGCAUGCUUGGACCCCGAGUGCAUUCCAGCAAUAACUGUGUUCCGUGUUUAUGUCAAUGUGCUGACAUCCAUCAGCAUUCUGGCCGUGGAUUUCCCGCAGUAUCCCCGGCGAUACGCCAAGGCCGAGACCUACGGCACCGGAGCCAUGGAUUUGGGGGUGGGAGCCUUCAUCUUUGGAAACGCUCUCGUUUGCCCUGAGGUUCGGCAGAAGCCUCACACGACACAGCCCAGAUUCUCCGGCCUGGCCAGGCAGGUGUUCUCCGUGUGGCCGCUGAUUUCCCUCGGCGUUGGGCGGCUGCUGAGUGUUAAAUCCAUCGAGUACCACGAGCACACCUCGGAGUACGGGGUGCACUGGAACUUCUUCUUUACCUUGGCACUGGUGAGACUCGCAGCAUCUCUGCUUUUAGCCAUAUUCCCCAAACAUAAGGCUUGGCUGGUGGCUCUAGCCGUGGCCGUGCUUUACCAGCUCCUCCUCAGCACUACCUCUCUGAAGACGUUCAUCCUGCACGGGAGCGACGGCAGGGGCUCCCGGCUCGGCUUCCUCGAUGCCAACCGGGAAGGGCUGCUCUCCCUCUUUGGCUACCUGGCCACCUACCUGGCGAGCGUGCAGGUGGGGCUGUGGCUGCUGCGGCGCAGGAGCUCGGUCAGGGGCUGGCUGGAAGCCCUCGGGGGGCUGGCGCUGGCCGUGCUGCUGCUGUCGGUGCUGCUGCAGCUGUGCCAGGCGUGCACGGAGCCCGUGUCCCGCCGCCUGGCCAACCUGCCCUUCUGCGCCUGGGUGCUCGCCCACUGCCUGCUGCUGCUGGCCUUCUUCCUGCUCGCUGACCUCACCUUGGUGUUCGCCAAGCUGCUGGUCAAGGGCUCCAGCGUGCCCUGCUGCUGGGAGGUUGUGCAGCCCCCUGAUUCCGGGAAAAAGCGCGGAACGCAGGCCGUGCCGGUGGGAAGGCAGGACAAGCUGUCACAGCUGUGCCUCAUUAGUGCUAUUAACAAAAAUCAAUUGCUGUUUUUCUUGCUAGCGAAUGUUCUGACUGGUGCUGUGAAUAUCUUGAUAGACACAAUCCACAGCAAGGCUGCCUUUACAUUGUGCAUACUGCACUUGUACAUGUUUUUUAACUGUUUAAUUAUGUAUAUAUUGCAUGCCAGAAAUAUAGUAUUAAAGUUUUGGUGAGCCCACUUUGGCUGACUGGACUAGCUGGACUUUGUUUGCUGCAGUUGAAUGAUGGUAUUUAAUGGAAAAAUUAGUAUUUUUCCUGGAUGUGUUGCAAUAAUGUAUAAUUUAGCAGAGCUUUUUAUUAUUUAGUGUGGAUUACUCUUUAAUGGUUCAUUUUACCAAAUUAUACAGUCAAUGAUC